AUGAAGACUGUGUCCCAGAAUUGGCUUAGUGUUAUGGCCCUUCUUCUCUCCCAGAGUGCUGUGGCUUUGGUCAUCCACAAUGCCACACUGCUGGAGGUGCUACUGGAGAAAUACACGGCCCCGGGCGGGGAGGGAGAGGCGGCUAGACCCAGGGGUCGAAGGGCUAUCUCAGAGAGUGACAUGAAACUGAUUCUUGAUCUGCACAACAAACUCAGGGGGCAGGUUUACCCACCAGCCUCUAACAUGGAGUACAUGGUCUGGGACACAGAGCUGGAGCGGAGUGCAGAGGCUUGGGCUCACGCAUGUCGCUGGGAACACGGCCCAGCUAACCUCAUGCGCCACAUUGGACAGAACCUCGGGGCUCACUGGGGAAGAGACCGCCCUCCUACAUUCCAUGUUCAAGCUUGGUAUGAUGAAGUGAGAUACUACUCGUACCCAUAUCCUCAAGAGUGCAACUCUUACUGUCCUUUCCGUUGUUCAGGACCCGUCUGCACCCACUAUACACAGAUGGUAUGGGCCAGCAGCAACCGGAUUGGAUGUGCCAUCAACGUAUGCUACAACAUGAAUGUCUGGGGCAUGAUCUGGGCUAAAGCCGUGUACCUAGUUUGCAACUAUUCACCUCCGGGUAACUGGUGGGGACAUGCUCCUUACCAACAUGGACAACCAUGCUCAGCCUGCCCUCCAAGUUAUGGUGGGGGGUGUAGAGACAACCUCUGCUUCAAAGAUGCUGCAGACCAACGUCCCCCUGAAGAAAGAGAGGAAAGCAACUAUGUUGAGUCUGAGGAUCUUAGAGCCUCUCUCCCUUCAGACAAAAUGCCCCCAGGAGCAGCAUCACCCUCACAGGGCCAGGGGGGAGAGCAAAUUCUGAACACACAACAAAUGUCUCAACAGGUUUCAUGUGAGACAAAGUUGCGGGACCAGUGUAAAGGCACAACAUGCAAUCGGUAUGAGUGUCCAGCUGGUUGUCUCCACAGCAAAGCCAAUGUGAUAGGAAGUGGGUUCUAUGACAUGCAAUCAAGUAUCUGCAGAGCUGCUCUGCAUUCAGGAGUUAUAGACAACUAUGGGGGGUGGCUGGAUGUUACCAGAAAAGGGCGGAAGAGUGGCUUCACAGCCUCUAAGACAAAUGAAGUACAGACGCUGGCCAAAAGCCAAAGUGCAAAUGCCUUCAUCGUUUCAAAAGUGCCAGUAAAAGCCAUUACAUGCGAGACUACAGUUGAACAGUUCUGUCCUUUCGAAAAGCCGGUCAGACACUGUCCAAGGUUGUACUGCCCACGAUACUGCCUGCAGGAGACUCCUUGGGACUCACGGGUCAUUGGAACAAAGUUCUACUCAGAUAAGUCCAGUAUUUGCCGAGCUGCCAUCCAUGCCGGUGUCCUUCAGAAUGACUCAGGAGGCUACCUUGACGUCAUGCCUGUUGAUGGGAGGAGGCGCUACGUAGGAUCUUUCCGGAACGGAGUUUCCUCAGAUAGCCAGCAAAAUCCUCCAGGGGGCAAUGCCUUCAGAGUGUUCAUGGUCAUUUGACUUCAGUGGUGCCCUCUCAGGAUUCAGAAUGUUCACCACCACCUGAUUCUUCUUCUUUCAGAGGAUUUGUGCUCAUAUAAGCUCAGCGAUGAUUCAUCAGAAUUCAUAAUGUUCAUGGCCUCUGAUUCAUCUCUGUUCAGACUGUUCUCAUCUGAAUAUACUGUACUCUGACUUUACUUCCAAAAACCCCAUAAAAACUGGUAGAAAACAGCCAUGAUGGGGUGGUUGC